AUGAAACCUGUUUGGGUAUUUGUGAUUCUUUCACUCAUUCUAUGCGCAGCUACUUCUCUGGUUUUCUUGAAUCUUUCUUUGUCAUCCUAUCACAAGGUUCUAGGCUUAUCUUCUAGUCAUCUUUUUGUGUUUUCGAUGUUUAAUACUGUAAUAGGUGUCCUCUUUGCCCAAAGUUACAAACCGUCUACAGAUGUUUUCGAUGAACUAGAGGAAGAACAAACCAAAGAGAUACACAAUGUUUACAAGCAUGAGGAUUAUGAUGAUGAUGACGAAAAUGUUGAUUAUGAUGGAGAUUACUAUGAUUCAGAUGGUUACGACGAAGAUAAUGAUGAUGAUGGUAGUGAUGACGUGGUUGGCUGGGAAGAUGACGAUGAAGAAGAAGAAGAAGAAGAAGAAGAAGAAGAAUAUGAUGAUGAUUUGGAGAGCAAAGUUGAGGAAUUCAUUGCUAAGGUCAUAAAAGGAUGGAAAGAAGAACAGUUAACGGAGGAGACGUUUCACAAGUAUGUGGAUUAACUAAUUGGUAUUCAAUAUAUUUCUAGGCUCUGAAGUUGCAUAUGAUACCAUUCAAGCUUCAUUUUUUAGUCUAUCCUGUAAAUGGUUUACUAGUUUUCUUUCCAAAUUUAAACUCCCCUCUUUUUGAAUGGGGGUUUAGUAUUUGUUAUUUUCUUUCUAAUUUUUUUUUUUCUUCAGAAGUGUCCGCAUUUAGGGACAACCAAAUCUGUCUUAUCGUAAUUAGUUGUUUGAUUUAUUUUGAGAUGUAAAUUUGAUAUGAUACCAAUUAAAUUAAAGGUCUGUUUUUUUGUGUGUAUUUUUGAUAUUACAACUAUGUUUAAAUGUAAUUAUUACCCGAAUGAUAUCUUGAUGUUUAAAUUUUGAAUUGUACCACUUUUAAUUUUAGUUAGUAUUUUGUUGCUUUUUUUAAUUACCUUUUAAUAAAUUAUUCAUUUAUUUGACAUAUAAUAAAUUUAUAUUUUUAUAAAAAUAUAAAAUUUUAAUGU